AUGGCCUUCAAGAACCCCUUCGCAAAGAGAUCCGAGCCGGACGAGCUGGUGCCCGAACCCGAGGCCCAGCGUACCGCCAACUCGGACACCAUCGAGCCCAAGUUUGAGGCCAGCGAGACUGCUCACGCCGUGCCUUCUGACCACGACAGCGAGAAAGAUGAGGGCCACCAGUUCCACGGUGUUGCCGAGAUGGAGGCCAUCACCUCUCACUGGGACAAGAAGAGCAUGUACAUUGCCUAUGCUUUCAUCUAUCUCAACCAUUGGGCCAUGUCGAUGCUGUCCAUGACAUACAUCAACCUGACGCCCUACGUGACGAGUGCGUUCGGCAAGCACGGUCUGCUCACGGCGACGACGGUCGUGUCGUCCAUCGUGGGCGGUGUCAUCCGUCUGCCCAUCGCCAAGGUCAUCGACAUCUGGGGCCGCGUCGAAGGAUUCCUGCUGAUGGUGCUGAUCAUGACCAUCGGCCUCAUCAUGAUGGCCGUCUGUGACAACGUGCAGACGUACGCCGCCGCCGCCGUCUUCUACAAGAUCGGCUACACGGGCAUUGGCUACGUUAUCGAUGUUUUCGUUGCCGACACGUCCAGCCUGCGCAACCGUGGCCUGAUCAUGGCCGUCAACUCCACCCCGUACCUGGCCACCGCCUUUGCCGGCCCUGCCGCGGCCGAGAAGUUCUACUACGGUGCCGGAUGGAGGUGGGGAUUCGGUUGCUUUUCCAUCGUCAUCCCCGCCAUCUGUCUCCCCAUGGCAGGCCUCUUCAUGUACAUCCGCAAGCAGGCUCGUCUGAACGGAUUUGCCCCGAGGAAGGCUUCUGGCCGCACUCUCUGGGAGUCGACCAAGCACUACUUUGUCGAAUUCGAUGUCAUUGGCAUGCUGCUCGUCACCGGGGGCUUUUCUCUCAUCCUUCUCCCGCUGACCAUCGCCACUUACCAGGAGAGGAAGUGGGAGUCGGCGUCCAUCAUCGCCAUGAUCGUCGUCGGUGGCGUCCUCGUCAUUGCUUUCGCCGUUUGGGAGAAGUGGUUCUCUCCCGUCUCGUUCGUUCCCUUCGAGGUUCUGGUCGACCGCACCGUUCUCCCCGCCUGCCUCGUCUCCAGCUGUCUCUUCGUCGCUUCUGCCUGCUGGAGCUCGUACUUCUCCUCCUUCCUGCAGGUGGCCUUGUACCAGACCAUCUCCCAGGCCGGCUACGUCGGCAGCAUCUACAGUCUGGGCUCCUGCGUCUGGGCCUUCGUCACCGGAUCCGCCAUCCGCUACACCAACCACUUCAAGUGGCUCGCCAUGGUCGCCGCGCCCCUCGUCGUCUGCGCCUCGGGCCUCUUCAUCAAGUACCGCCAGCCCGGCGAAUCCGUGCAAUCCAUCAUCGGCGUGCAAAUCUUCAUGACCAUCGGCGCGGCCACGCUCGUCGUGACGGAGCAAAUGGCCGUCAUGACGGCCGCCAAGCACGCCAACGUCGCCGUGUGCAUCGCCCUCCUGUCCCUCUUCACCAGCAUCGGAUCCGGUAUCGGGUCGGGCGUGUCCGGAGCGCUGUGGACCAACAUCUUCCCGAACAAGCUGGCGGAGGCGCUGCCCGACGCGAGCGCCAAGACCAUCGCCCAGAUCUACGGCUCGCUCGUGGUCCAGCGCAAGUACGCAAAGGGCACGGCGAUGCGCGACGGCAUCAACUGGGCGUAUGGUGUCGCGAUGAAGUACCAGAGCAUCGCCGCCAUGGCGAUUCUGAUCCUCACGAUUCCGCUCGUCAUGUGCUGGAAGGACUACAAUGUCAAGGAGACGCGCAGGAACAAGGGUCGCGUGCUCUAG